AUGCCCCCAGCCAAGGCGGAUCUCGCGACAAUGUGGGCGUAUAUCGAGAAAGGCAUUGACCAGAUCAUGUCCGGCGGUGCAUCGCACCACACGAUCACAAGCCUCCACAACGUCGUAUACAACUACUGCACUUGCAGUCGCAUAAUCACACAACACACAGUGCCGACUCUACCAUCUCCGGAUCUGUAUAACCAUCUCAUCCGCUACUUCGACAACCAUCUCAAAGCUCUCCGCAUGGAAUCGGACUCGCUGCAAGACGAGGCUCUCCUCCAGUAUUACGCAGCGCAAUGGGGCAGAUACACUACAGCUGCACGAUCCACCAACCGUAUCUUCGCAUAUCUCGACCGUCACUGGAUCACGCAACAACGGAAGAAGGGCCGCAAGGACCUCUAUCCCGUAUACACGCUCGCGCUUGUACAAUGGAAGUCCGAGUUCUUCCUUCCCGUGCAGGGUCCGAACCAGAAGCUUUCCAGUGCUAUCUUGCAGGUCAUCGAGCGGGAACGGAACGGCGAGACCAUCGACCAAGACCUCCUGAAAAAGGUGGUCGACUCCUUCGUCUCGCUUGGUCUCGACGAAAGCGACAUCGGCAAAAUCUCGUACGAUGUCUACCACGAACACCUCGAGGCGCCGUUCCUCGACGCGACCGAGAGGUACUAUCGCCAUGAAUCGGAGAAGUUCCUCGCGGAGAACAGCGCAGCUGAUUACCGCAAGAAGGCCGAGGGAUGGCUGCGCGAGGAGCAGGACCGUGUGGAGCGGUACAUGAACCCAAACACUCGCGCCGCACUCGUCCGGAAAUGCAAGGACGUCCUCUUCGGCGAGCACGCGGAGCUCAUUGGCGAGGGCACUCCUGGCGCCGCGGCGGCCGACUCGGAGGCUGAUCAGAAGUCCUGA